ACAGAACACGUUGCGAGCAAAAAUUAAAAUCACAACUCAGCGCGUGUGGAAUACUAGUGAAGUCUUCGCAUUCAACUAAACAAACAAAUAUCAAAUAUAUAUAAAAUCUCGAAUCUAAUUCACAAUUUGCUGCUGUGUUGAUCUGAUUCAAAACCCUAGGUUUUGCGCUCAGAGAUCUUGUACAUAUACAAUGCUGCAGCGAAGAUCGAAGCUGAUUUAUCUGUUAUGCCUGUUCUCAUAUGCUCUCUCUGCAAUCGCUGCAAAGAGUUAUUAUGAUAUAUUACAAGUGCCGAAAGGCGCGCCAGAUGAUCAGAUUAAGCGAGCGUAUCGGAAGCUAGCGUUGAAGUAUCAUCCUGAUAAGAAUCAAGGCAAUGAGGAAGCGAAUAAGAAGUUUGCGGAGAUUAAUAAUGCUUAUGAGGUGUUGUCGGAUAAUGAGAAGAGGGGAAUUUAUGAUCGGUAUGGAGAGGAGGGACUUAAGCAGCAUGCUGCAAAUGGCGGAAGAGGUGGAGGUGGCGGUAUGAACAUUCAGGACAUUUUUAGCCAGUUCUUUGGUGGUGGAGGUUCAAUGGAUGAGGAAGAGAAAAUUGUGAAAGGAGAUGAUGUAAUUGUUGAACUAGAGGCAACUCUGGAGGAUUUAUACAUGGGUGGAACAAUGAAGGUGUGGAGGGAGAAAAAUGUUUUAAAGCCUGCUCCCGGUAAGAGGUCUUGUAACUGCCGAAACGAGGUCUAUCACAAGCAAAUUGGUCCAGGAAUGUUCCAGCAAAUGACUGAACAGGUUUGUGAGAAAUGCCCAAAUGUCAAAUAUGUGAGAGAGGGCUAUGAAGUUACUGUUGAUAUUGAGAAAGGAAUGCGAGAUGGGGAAGAGGUGGUCUUUUACGAAGAUGGUGAACCUAUCAUAGAUGGUGAACCAGGAGAUCUCAAGUUCCGAGUCCGUACAGCACCCCAUGAUGUUUUUAGAAGGGAAGGAGAUGACUUGCAUGCAACUGUUACGAUAACUCUGGUACAAGCUCUUGUUGGCUUUGAGAAGACAAUAAAACAUCUAGACGAUCAUCUAGUUGAAAUUGGCUCAAAGGGAAUCAUAAAACCCAAACAGGUGAGGAAAUUCAAAGGUGAAGGGAUGCCAUUGCAUUUAAGCAACAAGAAAGGCGAUUUGUACAUCACAUUUGAGGUUCUUUUCCCUACCUCCUUGACAGAGGACCAGAAGACAAAAGUGAAGGCUAUACUCGGUUAGAUAUAGAAACAUAUAUUUUAUAUGGGUCAAUUGUCCCCUUGUAACAUGUUGUCCGUAGCAGUAAGGUUUUGGCACCACGAGUAUUGCUCCAAGCUUCUGCAUAAGAAGAUAUCUGUGCUGUAAUCCUUAGAAAUCCUCGAAGGUCAACUUUUUAGAUAGAAUUUUCUACAUUUGAAGGUAUAGAUUUCCCCUUGUCAUGGAUUUCUAACAGGAGUGGCAUUGAGCAGAUAAUAGUAUAUGACGCUACAGUAUUUUGUAGCCUAGGUCAGUUGUAAUCUACUGAUAUUGAAUUUUCACUUGCAUGGCAUAUAAAGUUUUGGAUUUGCAAAUUCA